AUGAUCUCGUCAAGCGGUCUUCAAGUCUGGUCCAGAGGUCUGGAGGUUGACUUGAUCGAUCGCAGCGGAAACAAGAUUACCGCAAUCCAUGUAUACGCCUUCGCUGCUCCACUAGAGCCCGAAAUGCUGUCUGAGCCACGGGCGUCAGUGGUCAGUGGCACUGGUCACAACUACAGCCAGCGGUCUGCGGUAUAA